AUGCAUUGCAGCUUCAAUGGGACUCUGCUGAUUGCAGUACUCCCUCCACUGCUGAUGACAGAGUUUAUUCUGGGAGUCAUUGGAAAUGGUUUGGCUCUGUGGAUCUUCUGCUUCCACCUGAGGCCCUGGAAAAGCAGCACGGUGUUGCUGUUUAAUCUAGCAAUGGCUGAUUUUCUGCUAAAUAUUGUUUUGCCUCUCCGUGCCACCUACUACAUGUCUGGGAUCAAAUGGAAGUUUGGAAGCACUUUCUGUAACAUCUGCCUCUUCAUGCUGGCACUGAAUCGCAGCGGAAGCACUUUCUUCUUGAUGGCCAUCGCCUUGGACAGGUACAUGCGUGUGGUGCAUCCCCAUCACCCCAUCAACUCUCUGAGUGUCUCUAAAGCCAUAAUCGGAGCACUCGGACUGUGGUUGGUCACCACUUCAAUGACUGCUCAUGUCUUCUCUUUGGCACAUGACAACACAACAUUCUGUGAGAGUUUCACAGUUGACACCAAGAGCCAUGGUAAUCUUUCUUGGCAUAAGUUUGCAUUUCUCUUUUCCUUCUACAUGCCUCUCCUGGUCAUCCUGUACUGCACAUUCUGCAUUGUUUCUCGCCUGAGAGGCACACAGUUGGCCCAGCAAGCCAAGAUUAAGAAGGCCCUGUACUUCAUCAUAGUCGUGGUGGUGCUCUUCAUCAUUUGCUUCCUCCCAAGCAACAUUACACAGCUGUUGAUCUGGGUCAGGACCCAAGAAUUAUCCAGUUCCCUCCCUGAAAAUGAAAUCUGUCCUGCCAUGGAGAACCUUACCGUUGUGUUUUACAUCACUAUUAGCCUGACCUACCUCAACAGCGUAUUGGAUCCUGUGGUCUACUAUUUCUCCAGCCCUCUCUUUAAGAACAUCUGCAGGAAGGCUCUUCAUCUGCCUCAAACAGAAACUGCUGAAAGUACAGAGAAGAAAACUCGGGAAACUGCCUCCCAGUCAAUCAGCCAGCUGUGA